AAUGACCGCUGCAACACGCUGGAUUCAAGAAGCUUAUCAAGUGAACCGUCCACUUGAACGCUGCGCGAUGCCAAUUGCUCACCAACAUCCUAUCUGCAACCUCACGGAUAAGGUGCAGCACGAGCAUCCUAGAACCCCGCUGAGGUAUUAUGGAAAUCGGCAGCAUUGAAGGGCCGGUAGGUGGUAUGCCAGAUACCUCUAUAAUGGACCCGACCAUGGACGACCUCUUUGGCGAGGCCACGGGUGAUCUGGUCACUGCCAUGCCAACUCCUCCCGUGCCAGCCGCAUUGCUUGUGCGCCUGGCCGAUAUGCAGAGUCGAGGGUGCUGCAGGAAGCUGGCUUGGUCCAAUACUGGGAGCAUAGCCUAUAUCGCCCGCGAUGGCUCUCAGGUCACCUUUCGUGCUAUGGUCCGUCAUCCCAAGACAGGCGCAUGGACGGCCAGUGAGCCCUCUAAGCAUGCAAUCCAAGCUCCAGAAGGACGAGUCUUUGUCCAUCUGCAGUUUAAUGGCAUCGGCAUAGAGCUUGCGGUCGUCGAUGAUGCCGGAGUUGUCCAUAUGUACACUUUGACAGGGGCGCUGAGCAGAAUGGUGCCGGCAGCCGGUGGGGACUUAUCGCGGAAGACCGAUGAGCACUCGAUGAAUGCCAUAGUCGGCCUGCAUUGGUUAGCACUCUUCCCAGCGGAGUUCAGAGGACCUUACCUCGAUGUGGCUCGCAAGAACGGAGACAAGUGGGAAGCCCCGAUCAAGCACCGUGAUCAGCACGCCUUGAAAGCGCAUCACCCGGCUGAAGGCCGCCACGCAUUGCUCCACAUUAGCCGCUCCACUGAGCUUACACUGCUCUACCAGAAUGAAGGGCAGGGCUGGCAGUCAACCAGUGUAGUGCUUCACACCGUUCGAUCGUCGGACGAGUACUUAACGCACGCCGCCUUGGGGGAAGAUGGUGCCGAUCUUUUGGCUGUUACGGCAGACCAGAGCUCGCAGUUACGACUUUAUCGCAUCACCAUCCACUGGAAUGCCACGCAGCAAAGUCGAGGGAGCCAGCAACAUACCCUGGUAUCACCCGAAUUGGAUGUUCAUCACUUGACGGCAGUGGAAAUGGUCCGCGCUCAGCAGAUGGACGGAGCAAAACUGUCACAACUGGACAUCAUCCCUGCAGUCCCUGAAGCUGCGCAACUAUCGCCCACUACGCCUACCGUACAGGCUAUCUUCACCUACUCGGCCGCGUCGUUGGAUAGCUCGCAAAAUCAAGCUUACUCCAGCACGGUGCUACGAUGGACGGUCGAGUCGUACUCACCCACGCUACAUGAAAGCUUUAAGAAGCUUAGGCAAGGUUCUGGCGACGCAAAUAACCAUGUACUCCACCAAGCCACACUUCUCAAGCGGCAAGCGGACACCACGAUUCCUAAGAUUAUCAUGGCGUUCGCGUCGCAAGCAUUUGAUACCAUUUCAGCCUUUGCGACCAGCGACGGAUGUCUCGAUUUCAGGGAUCGUGUGAGCAUGAACACGUUAAGCUCUUUCAACGACACAGAGAUCGUAUCCAACAUCCCUCAGACCGGUUUCUGGCACCCUUCUGGUGCACAGAACGUACACGUUGCGAUGUCCUCUGACGGGAGCGCUCUAGCAUUAGUACGGGCCAAUGGGGAAAUUGCGACGCAGAACAUGAUAUUCACGCACGGCUGGCAAGAAACCGAAGAUGCCCUCGUGGGAGACAAUAGAGCAUACAUCGAAGCUGCGACGGUGUGUAUAGCUCGACAGUACGCCUUCCUAUGCUUCAACAACGUGUCCAACGACGAAGUCUUGGCGCUGCUGCCGGUCAACGCCAGCGUCGAAAUUCGCUCCCGAGUGGUCAAGAUGAUUUUCCGCAUGCUGCAAAGGACACCCGAUAUCUCCUGCCAAGAUCAGAGUAGACAACAGAUGAUUGUACUUAAGGAGCCAUUCGUGCCACGCUGCUUGAGCGCACAGCUUGCACUUGGCACCAACUCGGUGACAGGCGAACGCAACUUUUCGGCGCAAUAUGCCUUUGCAAUGCUCACACUUCGCCUGGCGAGCACAGCAUGCGCGCAAACACUCAGCCGUCAAGACAUGAAAUCCAUUUCAUCGGAUGCGGUCCACUCGCUUCGAGGCCUCGUCAAGUGGUGCAUCGAUCUGAUGGUGUAUGUAGUGCGCACCCUUGUCGAAGUGAAGCGCAACCUGGAGUCUGGUGUCACGGCCAAGCAAGCGUUCGAGGUCCUCGUGACGUCGUCUGGAUCAAUCGCCCUGCACCUUGCGUUGUGCAGCUACUCGCGUGUAGUCCUUCGAUUUCAGACCAUGUGGAUAGUGAAAUACAUGCAAGCUGUCCAACUUGUCCUUGGGCGGGCUCGAUCGAUUGCAGAGCAACAGGAACUCACCGCAAUCCUGAAACACAUCAAAGCUAUGCCAUUCAAGCUUCCGCAUUUCGAACAGAUGCUAGCGGAGCUUGAUGUGGCUAUCCGCGGCGCCUACAACCAGCCAUCUAUAUCUGUUGAACAACGAGGACAGCUUGAGACGGACAUGAUUGUCGACGGCACAGUACCCUCGGAACUGGAGCAACCGUUAAACAGCUUGCUUGACAGCAUGGUGCCUCGGUUGACCGCGCAUGUGAAUCUCAGCGAUCUGAUGUUCUGGGAUGUGACAUUGACACACCUGAGAAACUGUCGGCGUGCUGAAGAUGGCCGAGCGUACGAUGUCAUUCGAAAGAUCGUAUUGCCCAAGCACAUGCAACGGCGGGUGUGCAGGAGGUGCGGAUCGUACAUGGAGGACGUGAACGCGGAUCGGCUCAGAGGUGGCGAUACAGUAGCAUGGUUUGCACAUUUGCAGAGACAUUGCUUGUGCAUGGACUAUUGGCUCCUUGCGUGAAUAUUCUUGUGGCCACAGGAUCGUGAAGCUGGAAGAUAUUGUUAUCACUCAGUGUAAGCGACACGGAUACUCUGUAUUACAUGUGUUUAU